AUGUACGGAAAAAAUAAAGGUGUUAAUGCUCCAUCUGAUAUGCAUGCAAAAGAAAAAUUAAAUUUGUAUGUAUAUGAAUAUUUGUAUCAUAUUGGUGCAGCAAAAGCUGCUCAGGGAUUUUGCGCGGAUAUGAAAUGGGAACCAAGUAAAAUGUCACUUGGUGAAGCACCUGGAUUUUUAUUUAGCUGGUGGUGUGUCUUCUGGGAUCUAUAUAGUGCAGCACCAGAACGUCGAGAGCAACAUCCACAUUCAGAAGAAGCAAAAGCAUUUCAUGACUAUGGUUUUAUCAAUUCGAACUAUGCUCCUAAUGGCAUUCCUCCUCAACAAAAUACAAAUCCCAAUGUUCCACAGCAAAUGCCGAUGAAUGUCAACGAAGGAAUGCAUAAUCCAAAUGUACCCUUUUUUCCACCACCUGGGCAGCCCAUGAUGAAUCCAUAUCCACGUUAUCCUAAUGCACCACCACCACCACCACCACGUCCACUUGUUCGUAUGCCUUCUCAACCAGAUUAUUCAGGUGGACCUAACGGUGGAGCUUUAAUGCCACCACAAAUGGACGGAGGUCGUAAUGGUUUACGUAUGACCUCACCGGGUACUCGACUACCACCAAACCCAAUGGGUCACACAGGUCCUGGUGGACCACCGCCUCCUAAUGCGUAUCGACCUCAAGGCAUGCCACCAGUAAUGUCACCAUCAAUGAAUCAAGGUGGACCAAGAAUGUUUAUGACCAAUUCACCAGGAGUUGGUGGUUAUUCAUCAUCCUCACCGGUUCCUUAUGGUACUCCAUGCCAAACUGGACAUGCUCCAACAACACCAAUGAUGCCAAGUCCUCAAGAUUCAAAUGGUGGAGAAAUGCCGCCUUAUGGUAUGAGAAAUAUGUCUGGUGGAAUGCCACCGGGACCCAAUCCAAUGUAUCACGAUCCACAUCUGACGCACAUGUCAUCAAUGCAACCUGACAUGUCUCAUCAUGGUUCAAUAAAUGGUGAUUAUGAUCAACAAAUGAAACAAUCACCGGGUCAACAACAACAGCAGCAAACACAACCUCCACCAUCGGACGUACCGAAUUUUAAUUAUGGUGAAGAUCAAGUAAAUGAUACAACUGCUAUUUUGAAGUUGAAAGAAUCCAUGCAGGAAGAAGUGAAAAAAUUUGAUAAAACACCGAAUAGUUCAAAUAAUGACGAUUAUAAUCAUUUCUCCGGUAUUGGUUAA